AUGGGUUUAGGAAGUACUGAGGAGAGGACAAAGGUGGCAGUUCCUAAUCCUAGGACCAGGGCAUUUGUGGAUCCCUGGGUCCUGGAAGAUGGAGGUUGUGGGUCUAUGUUCUUAUGUCUGGGAAACAGAAGCUGUGAAGUUGGAAAGAUGGCUCUUGAUGACAUGAAUACUUCCGUAUUUGACCCUGGAGACUGGAGAGGCUCUGAAGUUUAUAGCUCCCAGGAGCAGGAGCAGGAGCAGGAAAAGCAACGCAUACACCAGGAACUGGAACAACUGAAGGCUGGGCUAGACCGCCUGUGCCGCCCCUGCCCCUGGGACUGGACCUUCUUCCAAGAAAACUGUUACUUCUUCUCCACAUUUAGACAGACCUGGAUGAAAUCUGUCACUGCCUGCCAAGAAGUAGGGGCCCAACUUGUUGUUAUCAAGAGUGAUGAGGAACAGAGCUUCCUGCGGCGGAUGUCUAAGAAGAAAGGCCAUGCAUGGAUAGGACUGUCAGAUCAAAAACAGGAAGGCAAAUGGGUAUGGAUAGAUGGUUCACCACUGCGGAGAUCCAUGAUGAAAUAUUGGUCUCCAAAGGAGCCCAACAAUGAUGGCAAUGAAGACUGUGCAAACUUUAUAGAUAAUGGAUGGAAUGAUAGUGUAUGUCACGCAGAGCAAUUUUGGAUCUGCAAGAAGCCUGCAUCUCCCUGCUCUAGGUGA